AUGUGGUCUGUCAGCGUGUUUCUCCUGGCUUGUGUUGCAGUCCCAUGCACAGCUUACAAACAGAAGAGGAUCAUCGGGGGAUCCAGCGCCACCUCUGCCGAGUUCCCAUAUAUGGGAAGUUUACAGGAGUUUAUAGAUGGUGAAUGGGAACACAUUUGCGGUUGCAUGGCAUACACCACUACAAAGGCACUAACAGCAGCACACUGCUUAGACAAUGCGAGUCCAUCGGUCUACAGACUGGUAUUCGGAACAAUUGAUAUCACGAACAACGAAGCGACCGCUCAGAUUUCAGCACUGACUUCAUUUACCAAGCACCCUUCCUUCACGUCGUCAUCAGUGGGGUUUUCCAGUGACAUUGCUGUUUUGCGACUUCAAACAACCCUCGACACAUCAAGUGCUAACGUGGGCACUAUCUCGCUGUUUUCUGUUCCCUAUGACCUUACCAACACAAAUUGUACAGUCCUCGGAUGGGGUGCACUGUCAAACGGGGUGCUCCCUGAUGUCCUGCAGAGUAAGAAUGUGACAGUUACAAGCCAGGCAGCUUGCGACGAGGACUGGUCAGUGCUUGGUGUGACCAUCAACAGUGAGACACUCUGUGCAACAGAUGAAGGCUUCUCUGAGAGAGACAGCGGCGGGCCACUGGUGUGUAUGGAGGCCUUAGCUGGUCUUGUAUCCUUUGGGGGGACGUGUGCCGCCACUGUUCUUCCAAACGUCUACACCAGCAUCAGUUUCUUCAAUUCCUGGAUACAAGGUCAAUAGAAAACAUACUGACCGUGUAGUUUUGUGACGAUCAAAGUCUGUCAUAACGUUUAUGUAUAAGCCUAAUAUCUACAUCGGUUUUCGAUUGAUCAACCAGGAGUUUCAAAUCUCAACAACACGAUUCUAAUGAAAAUAUCUGAUGUUAA